GAAAUUUGCUAUCGGUACUGAAAAUCUGUAUAGGUACGUAACAUGGAUUGUACAACUUUCAAUACUGCCAGCGCAUACGGAACGGGGCUAUAACGUCAAGUUAAAACUAAUAGAAGCAUCAUAGAAAUUGUGCGAUGCGCCCUCAUGGUUUCGGAUAUGAAAGCAGCGGGUCGAUUUUCCGUACAUUGACAGAGAUAUCAGUGAUUGUCAGCGUUCUCAGCUGACGUACGAAAGGAUAAUAUAAUAUCGAAAAUGUCAUUUGGUGAAAAAAUAGCAUCUAUCAUGCAGAGGCCUGGACAGGAUCCUGUUGCUAAGGACGACGUGCCUUGGUGGAUGAAAUACGCGGGUCGCGGACUCGGCACCGUGGGCAGCAUAAUUGCAAUUUUUCUUGGAGCGUGGAAUUGUGCAUCGAUUCUUUUCGGACAAAUUGAUUGCUUAAUUAGCGGUAUGUGGCAGAUGAUAGCUGGUUUUCUGGUUGUAAUGAUUGAAGCACCUUGCUGCUGUUUGUUUAUCGAUUUUGUACAGAAUUUGAGUGACUGGGUGGAGAAGAAGCCAUAUUGGAAUAGAGCUGCUGUUUAUUGUUUAAUAGCAUUGCCAGCAGUCUUCUUGUGUCCAGGAAUGAGUAGUAUAUUUGGCAGUGGUUUAAUAUUUACAACGGGUAUAAUAUAUGGAUUGAUGUCCCUGGGCAAAAAGGCACCUUUUGGCGAAAUGAGAACAACAGCAAUGGAUGUUCAAACUUCAUCAUUGAGCAUGCGGUCCACACUAGUUGAAAAUACUCAGCCAAUUGGUGUUAGCAGUACCCCAGCUAGUAUUGUUUGAUCGUUAGGAUUUAAUUGGGUGAGCAAUCGAAUUUUUGGUUUUGUAUGAAUGAUUAUAGGUGAUAAAUAAUCAUUUAAAUAAUCACGUAGCUCGAAUAAGUACGCGCCUCGUUUUACUUUAGCUCUGUCGUUGAUAUAGAUUCAAAUGUCCCAAUAGUGACUUCAGAAGAUAUUUAUUAAAGCUUUGGGACAAAAUCGAAUGCAAAUUAUAUCUACAGAUUUAUAAAUUCAAAUGUGUUAUGAUAUGAAAAACUAGAGAAAAUUGUUUUGAACUCUAAUACUUAUAUAAUGGGAUUUUUAAAUUUUAAUCUAUUUUUGUUUUACUGUUUAUGUAAGAUACAUUGAUAAGAGUCGUAUGCGCUUGUUAUAUCUUACGUUUGUAUGAAAUAUGUAUGUGAAAUGGAGUGGGAUAUAUUGCGAAGACAGUAAGGAGAAAGUAAAUCGAAAAGGAUUUGUUGCUUCAUUUUAAUAAUGCCAAAGUCAAAGACUGUCAUAGAAAACAUUCUCGUGGCUCUCCCUAGCUAUCCAUAGGCCCAUAAGCCCAUUUGUCCAUAUGUCGUGGAAUGUUAACAAGAGGAAAGGCAAAAAAUUGUAGAUGAUAUAUAGUUUUAACAUACGAAUAUGUUAAAGCGCUUUUAUUUUGCAAGCAAUUAGUUAAAUAAAUAUCAACAAAUGAAACUAAAUACUUCCGCAAUAAUUUUGCAUUUAAAUUGUAAAACAUAUUGUUUUCAGAAUGUUAUGUAAGAAAUGAGAGUCAUAAUAUAUUAGUUUAAUAUUCCUUUUAUAUAUAAUGUUAUAUACAUAAAUAAGCUUCUCUCUGCCAAAUAAAUUGUACAUGUAUAAAAUUUAAUUGUGUAUUUGAAACAGUGUUAUUUGUACAUUUAUAAUGUACAUGGUAUAAUUUUUAUUGUAACACUCUAAAUCAUGUAGUAAUCUGAUAAAGCCGUGAAUACGUACGCAGCGUACGUUAAUUGUAAUCUAAAAACUCGACGGAUGAAAUAUUCUAUUUUAUUUUUCUUUGCUGCAUACGUAUUGGAGUCUUUUUUUGCAAUGAAAAAAGAACUAAUGUAUCAUGCUUAUAUUAAAGAAAUUCCACAUAUGUAUAUACAUAUAUCGAUAUGGCAGAGGGAUAUAAUAAUGUUUAAUAAUAAUAUUUUUAUCAUUAACACUUUCAUGUAUUAAAUGAAAUUUGGAUAAUUAUGAAUAUAUUGCAUACAGAUUGUGUUAUUUCUAUUGUAUUAAAUUUUGAUUUUUUUUCUUGAGAGAUUUUUCUUCUUGAUAUCAGGAUAAAAAUUAGAUUAAAGUGCUAAAGUAAAAUUUCCUUUAAAAGAGAAGUAGGUUCAAAAAAUUCCUAGACAUUUAUAUGACAACUAUAUGUGACACAUUGUAUAUAUGCAUAUAUUCUUACAGAUUUGCCUCUUGUAUUUCUAAUUUAUUUGAACGAUUGAAAGUGUAAAUUUUGUAAGUAUAAUUUUAAACUGUGCAAAUGUUAGAAAUUAUGAGAACAAAGCAUUUAGGACACUUAAUCGCAUAAAUUUUUUAGUUCAAUAUUGUUCUACUUGUGUUGCGUUUUUCUGAUAUUAUCGAAAUUACUGAUAUUAUGUGCCAAAAAUGCUUGUUAAUCCAAUGCUUGUUAAGCUAUACCGCAUUAGCUGAAUUUUUAUUCAUAUUUGUGCCGAUAUCAUAUAAACUUUUUCGAUAUUGUUUACAUUUCUUUUGUAUCCUAAAUAUUUAAAUUUGUAUCCUAAAUAUUUCUAUUACAAAUUGUUUUCUUUUUGUCCCACAUUCCUACAUAUUACUUAAUUUAUUUAAGAAAAAAACUAACUAAGUAUAUUAUAUCUGGCUUUUGCUCGAUAAAUGGUUUAUAUUUUUAAAAAAUGAUUGCUCAUAAUAAAAUAAAUUCUUGUGAUUGAUAUAGUCAUGUGUGUGUGCGUGUGUGCAUAUACAUACAAUAGGAGAAUAUUGACAACUUGAAAGCGUAUAUGUAUCUGGUGUGUCAUUUAAUUGUACAAGAUAUCCCACUUGUAUGGAACGAACCGUUAAAACAAUAGAUCUUUUAAAUUAAAAAUUAAAGAUCUAAAAAAUGCUAAAAUCUCGAUGCAUUAAUAGCUUUUAAAUUAUAAACAGUUGAAAAAGAUUUUUUCCUAACUAUAACAGAUUAAGAAGAUAAAACAGUUUUAAUUUAUAUUUUAUUUUAAGUAGAGAGAAAUUUUUAUUUGAUUCUGAGGAUUUUAAACAUCGAAAUUUAAGUAGCUUUGUGUCGACUAAAAUAUUUGUUAAUAUUUUUGUUUAGGAAAAAGUGAUCAAAUUCAUUAAAGAUUCUGUUAAUGAUUGAUUAAGGGUUGAUUUCGCCAAAGUGAGAUAUCCUGUAUGUAUUUACAUUUGCUGAGUAUUUUUGACUUAAAUUUUCAAGAUUAAUUAGCAUAUAUUAGAAUAAUCGAAUGUAAUAUCCUUGCAAUUAAUGAAUAUAGAGAAAGUAAAAAUGCUUUGGCUCUGAUGCAAAAAGUAAAAUUGCACUUGUACUGUUUUUUUUAUAAUUCUCGUUAUGCGACCUUUUCUUCCAACAAUUUGUUGGAUAAUCAAUCGCGUUAAAAAUGAGAAACUUUGUGCAAAUGUAGUUCAAUCACAUUAUUUGAGCAAGAUUACAUUUUUGCUCUCUAUUAUGUAACAAUUGCAGGAUAUAUGUAAUUAUAUCCUGAUGUUAUUAUUCUAUUAGUGAUUCUGCAAUUACUGUUUUACUGAGAAAAGUUAAUAAUUAUGUUCUUUAAGUAAAUAUAGCUCAUUUAAAAUAUAGAAAACAAUGUUCUUUGUACGAGUAAAACUUUAAACAUUAUAUUGCAUUGUAAUGUA